AAAAAAUUAAAAAAUGAAAAAGAAAAGAGGAGAGAGAAAGAGAAUCCCCCCCAAUUUAAAGUAAUUCCCUUCACUAAUCUUCCUUUUCCUUUUUCCUCCCUUCUUCCGGCGGAAAUCGAAAACCCUCCACUCCCUCCUUCCUCCCCCUUCGCAAAACCAGAAGAAUUCGAAGCGGUGUUCUGCAAUUUUGCGCGAUUCUCAGCGCGAGAAGAGAGAGAGAGAAUUUCUUCUCUUCUUCUCUGAGGUUUUGAGGGAUGGCGUCGAAAAGGAUUUUGAAGGAGCUCAAGGAUCUGCAGAAAGAUCCUCCUACUUCCUGCAGUGCCGGUCCCGUGGGUGAAGACAUGUUCCAUUGGCAAGCAACCAUUAUGGGUCCUCCUGACAGUCCUUAUGCAGGGGGUGUUUUCCUCGUCACUAUUCAUUUCCCCCCAGAUUAUCCAUUUAAGCCCCCCAAGGUAGCAUUUAGGACAAAGGUCUUUCACCCAAACAUUAACAGCAACGGAAGUAUUUGCCUAGACAUCUUGAAGGAACAAUGGAGCCCCGCCCUUACCAUUUCGAAGGUGUUGCUUUCGAUCUGCUCGCUGUUGACAGACCCAAAUCCCGAUGAUCCCCUAGUGCCAGAAAUCGCUCACAUGUACAAGACUGAUAGAGCAAAGUAUGAGAGCACCGCAAGGAGCUGGACUCAGAAGUAUGCUAUGGGCUAAAAAGACUCUUAACAUGGUCAAAUUGAAAAGGGGUUAGGAGGCAGCUUUGUCAUUCGGAUAUUACUGUCUUCUAAUUCUAAGCUUUAUGUAAUGUGGGUUUUAACUACCUUUUGAACAGUGUGCUCUGCAAUCUGCAUCCUAAGCUGGACAAAAGUAUUGUCUAGCAUUUCAUUAUGUUCAAAAAAGAAACAUUUAUAUGUUGUCCUUUAGAAAUGUUUGUAUGGACAAAACUUAAUCUUCAAGCUGUGAAAUAUUACUGAUUUGGUGCCCGAUUCA